AUGGCUGGUCCUAUCGAAAGAAUUCAGGUUUUGGAUGAUAUUGAAAAAGAUAUAAUUACUUGCUUACAAUGUGCAGCUCAAGCUUUAUUAGAGUUGGGAAAAGAGAAGUCAAGUCAAAAACAAGCAGAAAGUAAUACUUCUCAGUUUCUUAGAACUUUAAGUCAGGUUGAAUCAAAAUUGAGUGAUCAAAUAAAUUAUUUGACUCAAGUGUCAACAGGUCAACCACACGAAGGCUCAGGCUAUGCUUCACAAAAAGUACUGCAAAUGGCCUGGCAUAGACUUGAACAUGUACGGUCUUGGGUUAAUGAAUUAGAGAGACAUAAAGCAUCACAUUUGGCAGCUGUUAAUCGAACACCAGUUGGUGUAGCAAAUGGCAGUAUGACCUCUUCUGGGACUAGUACACAA